AUGACCAGAAGCUUCUUCGAAACCACUAGCCAUAUCGCCAGCGUAGACUUUUUUUACGAUUCCCGUGAAGUAGUCAAACGCUUCAGGUUUUCGCCAGGUGCCUACCUCCUCAUUCCCUGUACCUACUCGGCCGACCAACCUGGCAAUUUUCUCUUACGCAUUCUUUUUGAACAAGCGGAUCGUUCAUUGACGCCCGCACUUGGACGGAUAGAUUUCAGCAACGUCAACCUUUCCUUGACUGAGCCGGAUCCGCAGUAUGAAACCAUGUUACCCCGCGUGCGUCGGCUGUUCUACGAGGCGUCAGGCGAAUCUAUGGCUGUUGACGCUUUUCAAUUAGAGCCCAUUAUGAAUUCGCUACUGAAGGAAGACCACAGAUUCCCUUACGCCAUGGCUUUUUCUUACAGCCCCAAGGGUUUUUUCGCGGAUUUAGCAGCUUCGUCUCUUCAUAUAUAUCUAUUUUCUCCCUAUCGCGUCGCCUAA